AGCUCACCCGUAAGCUGUCCAGUCUCCCCCCGUUAUGGGUGAUCAAAAAGCAUUGGGACGGCACCGGCAGCGAGGCGUCCACGCCCCCCGGGUCUCCGGAGCCCGAGCGCGCGAACGCGUCUGGUCUCGAGGGCGCCUUAGACCGCAAGAAGAAGAAGCGCGGCUCCUUGUCCAGCCUCUACCACGGCCCUGGUGGCGCCAAGCUCUCCAAGGAAGUCCUCAAUAACAUCACCAUUUUCCAGAGGAAGCAGAAGAAGGGAACCAUUGACGUGUGGUGGCUGUAUGACGAUGGCGGUCUAACACUCUUGCUUCCAUACAUCCUGACGACUCGCUCCAAUUGGAGCAACUGCAAACUGCGCAUCUUCGCCCUCGCCAACCGUCGCGACGAGCUCGACAUGGAGCAGCGCAGCAUGGCAAACCUCCUCUCCAAGUUCAGGAUCGACUACGGUGACGUCAUCGUCAUCCCCGACGCCAUGAGGAAGGCCAAGGACUCGAGCAAGGCAGAUUUCGAGGCUCUCAUCGAGAAGUUCAAGACCUCCGACAACACCGGCGACGGCGUGACGCUGACCGAGACAGAGCUGCUGAGUCAGCGCGAGAAGACCAACCGCCACAUCAGGCUGCGCGAGAUGCUCCUCGAGAACUCCAUGGACGCCAACCUCAUCGUCAUGACGCUGCCCAUGCCGCGGAAGGGCCACGUGUCAGCGUCGCUGUACAUGGCGUGGCUGGACUACAUCACCAAGGGCAUGCCGCCCUUCCUCUUCGUCAGGGGCAACCAGCAGUCCGUGCUUACCUUCUACUCCUAGAACUCGCGCGUUUUCCAGCCAGAAAAUCUCAUUUCUUAAUUCCACAGUCAUGAGAUGCGCGUGCUAAUGUUCGGUCCCGAUGUCCAUUGCUUGUUUCCUCCUGUAUCGCUACCGGGUUUUCGUACAGCUCUUAUCUCUCUGGAGUAGCGCCUUUGUGAGAGAUGAAGCAUCUUCUCUUUAAGGCAGUUUGCUUUUCCAACGUGUCUUGCUAAUUGACUCUUUCCGCUGUAAAGACUGUUUGAUCUGUUCCACGUUUACGUCUACUAAUUAGCUUCUAAUAUCGUUAUUCUAUUCGCCGCGUUAUUAAUUUUUUAUUUCGAAAUGAUUUAAAGCCAUGUAGCCCAAUUGUUUAUCCAUGUUCUGCCUUCAUGAUGUGUAUAUUCCGUAGCUGAUAGGAUUAAAGUGCGCGUUCGUGCCUUCAUUCGUGGUAAAUAAAAAGGUAUUCUGUACCUUUAAUUUCCAGCAGAGCAACUCGUCGCAGCUCCCACCAACCUACUUAUAAAGCCUCGAACCCUUGCGACGAUCCGGCUAUCUACUUUCGUAAUUUAGUAACUAGACACCGCCUACCUUAUUCAAGAAGCAGAUAAGCCUACCUGCAUCUAGUUCACAUAUUUAAAACCUUUAAAACGGUUCACGCGACCGGUUCAUCUUUUUACUGACACUCUGGUAGCCGCUGCCGGGUCCGAGCUCAACGUAACCUUCUCGGCCGCUCGAGCAUGGCCUUGCCAUCGCCUGCCCGCGGCGUGCGUCCGUUGUUGUGCGUGGUGUAUCAAUGAGCAAGCGAUGCACAUCAUAAUGUCAUCAUACUUUUUAUUACGUAAUCAAGUAUUGGUUUCCCUAUUCGACAUUUAUUUACUUUGACGGUUUUGCACCGAAACUCUUAUUUCGUUGUUUAAAAAUGACGUGAAAGAAACUAUUUUGCUUUAAAAAAGCAAAUUUUUAGAUAACCAACGAUGUACUUUAUUUCAAGAUUGUGGCUUUUUAAGUGCCUAUUUCCAUGGUGUUUAAGCUUAUUCCAUACAUGAGAUUUUGAAGGAAAUUUUGAUGAUUCAAAUUUCAUGUUCAGCGACAAGCUUCUUCCAGUUCUUCCUCUUCCGACGAUUGUAGCAAGUGAACAUGGCGGCGAUUAUAGCAGCUCAUGUUGAACAUGGCGGCUAUUAUAGCAGCUCAUGUUGAACAUGGCGGCGGCUAUAGCAGUUCAUGUUGAACUCUAUCUUAUAAAAUAUUCAUAGAAUCUCAAUCGAUCGAUUUCUUUGAACUUCCAUUCGUAGAUUUGAUCUAAACGUACGUCUUAUAUAAAGCACACGUGAAUAUCCACGCGUACCCCUGAGGUUUGGAAUUUCACGUUGACUUUUACUGGAAUUAUAGAUUGGUGGAUUAAUGAAGCUGUUGAUGAAUUCUCGUCAUUCCCGGUAAUAUCGACACAUGUUAAACAUGAAUCUCACUCAAAUAAAUACACGAGUAUUAGAAUUUCACGUAUCUUUCACUUGUUAAUCUCAAUUUGUUAAUUCAGAGUAACUUUUUUGUAACAUCGCAAAGCCAGCAGCCAUGAGCUACUUUGUUUUAAGUGGGCAAACGUCUUCUAUUGUUGAGGGAGAUUGGGACUUUGUUCGUUUUUGUUGAAUUUCCAAAUGUUGUUUUUUUUUCCACCGAGCGUUUGGGUAGAAUGCUUCGCUUUUCCGAAAAAUAAAUUAGUGUUCGAAAGUAACGCAAUCUCUGGUUUACUGCAAUGUGGCCGUUGCAGUACAAACUUGCCUUUAGUUUUCUGACCUUCGAAUUCCAUUGUCUUUCCUCCGUAUUCCUUCGUCAUCCUUUGUAUUAUAUCGGCUUGUUGCCGCUACACGGUGUUGAGUGUGAUUUGCACAUGCCCUUAUGUCGCGUGUUGCUUGAUUAUUCUUUUAGUUUUCACAACACAAUUAAAGGUCGUCCAAAUAAUUUCUUGUUCAUCGCCGCAUAAUCGCCCAACGCGGCAGCGUUCACUCCAGGAGGCUCCUCCGUGGGGUGAUAGCUGCUCUUGUCGGGAUGAGGAAUUUGGGAUCAGUGGCGUAAUAAAAAAUAUUGUUUUCUAUGACUUUAAGAACUGACUGACAAUAAUUAAACUCUGUACUGCCGCCUUGAUGUUGAUAAAGUUCUUGCUGCGCUGCACGUCAUGUCCGCUCGCUCGCCUUACCGCCUGCCUUCAACAGUACCAGCGUACAGGAAGGCUCGCCUUACCGCCUGCCUUCAACAGUACCAGCGUACAGGAAGGCUCGCCUUACCGCCUGCCUUCAACUGUACCAAUGUACUUAGGACAUGAAAAUCCUUUGUGUGGAACUGGACAUAUUUUUACAAAGACAAUGACAUGCCUCCACCCGAGCGCCGUGCAGCCUGUAGAGGCCAGCGGAGUCUCACAUCAGAGGCGGUGCUCCAGAUAUUAAAAGUUUUAUAUGAUCAGGCUGCUUAAUAUAUUGAUAAGGUGGUGUGACAUGUGUUCAUGAAGAUAUUUUUAUACUGUACCGUUACAUUAAUGCAGUGUGUCCAUCUUGAUUGUUUUGUGCGUUAUAAUACGACACUAGAGACAAUUUGUUAAUGAUAAGAAGCACUGAAACUGGUCGAGCGUUUAGUCUAAUUCUUCCAAUUCUCAUCGCUAGAAUACAUCGAUCACAUUCCAAAAUAUCAAUUAUCUAUAAGAAAUUUUAGACGAACUAAUAAUACAUUUCUGUGAAACUGUUCAGGUUCAUCACUCAAUCGAGUGUCCUCAAUAUUCAUCAAAAAUUUUUUUGUUUGAGAUAAACUGUUCAUAUAAUUUUUUCUUAAUCGCUAAAUUUCCCCAUAGCGGCUGUCGGAACAUUCAGUUUAGAUUUUAUUCAGAUAUGCAUAAGAAAUUCACGUGUUAUAACUUGAGAGGAAACAAUUUUGUUCUAAGAUAAGCCAUAAUUUUAAAGGACGUGUUAUUUGUUGAAUACGAUUCGCUUGAUAUUCUAGAUUACUGUUAUAGCACUGAUGAUGUUAAUCAUUAAAUAAGUUUCAAGUACAACAGAUUUCGUGUGAAAUCUCAUCAAAAUUUAGUCCAAAUAAUUUUGGGUUAUAUGCGAAGAAGCUAUUAUUUGAGCAGUAUUAUUGGCGGUUGUUCUCUGCUUCAAAUUUUGUGUUAGAAAUUUACACAAACUCUUCAAAAAUCUUUGUACUGCGAGACUUGUACGAGCUGACUUGUGUCACGGUAAUUUCUUUAAUGUCUUAAAAUUAACCGGCGUUCUUUGCCUCCGUCCAAGCGUUUCUCUGUGCACUGUGUACGUUUGUAUUAGAUUUAUUGCGUGAUUUUCUCCAUAGGCCUCCAUAAGGAGAGUCCUCCCUUAGGAUACGUCCAUGUGCUUCCUUAAGCGAGCUCACCAUUUAUGGUAAUAUUAAUUGUUAAAGAAGAAAUCAAUAAUACUUAUAAUAAUCUGACAAGUUUAAGACUUUAGAGAUAAGCGCCGCCGCCGCCACUGCAAUCCACAUUGCUGACACUCGCAUCGUCGUUAACCUCGUUCAUAAUGCAUAACCGGCUCAUUGAGAUAUAUGAUGAGAGCAAUUUAAAAGCCUAUUAAUAAUUAAUCGACUGUGGCUUGAAAAUUGUAACUUUGUUGGCCCAAAUGUCUCUCCUAGAUUGACCAUCUGUUGAUUUGAUAUGAUGCACGUUUUUGACAGACCUCACCUUGAGCGUUUCAACACGUGUGGGCCUCAUGCUUCUUUCAAUCGCACACAAAUGUAAAGCGCAAACUUGAGUUUUUAUUGGCAUGACAAAAGACGCUCGUUGGUUCCAUGUAAUAGUUUAUACGAACUUUAUUCUUUCGUUGUUCACUUCAUGGCAGUUCCAUGAAUGUCUUCUUCCGUCCAAGUUGCCGUGGAAGCAACGAUGUCAUUUCAUUGGACUGGAGGUGCAGUCAAAAUUCAUUUUUUCCCUCCUUAUAUCACUUCUUUCUGAUAAACUAAAUUAGGGCAGUGAUACACUUAUACGAUGAGAUCCAUUUGCUCAAUUUCUGUACCUCGCGCGUUGCCGAGUUUUGUAAGCUUUGUUCGUGGGCAAAUAAAUGUUUAGAAAUGCACUGACCAUUCCUAUGGCGCUCCAAGUUAUUAUGAUGGUAGAUACAUUGCAGCUGGUGGUGGUGGUGGUAGCUGCUGGUAGUGAUGGUAUCAGGAGCUGCUGGAGGUAUCGGUGGUUCUAUUAAUGUCUUGAAGUCCUAAACGUGAAUUGUUCUGCAUGAAGUAAAGUUAAAGCAAAGGAUCGGCGAGCAAAUAUUUUUAUAGCAAUAAAUUGACGAGUAAA